AUGGGCUGCGUCAACUCAGUUCAAGACAAGCAUGCCAUAGGCACCCUGCCAGUGAACUCAGCGAAUGGCGUCAACGGUAUAGGAGCCACCAGCGGGCACUGGGAGUCAGAGGCUGCGGCGGCAGUUGCUGAGCUGCUCGGGCCCAGCACAUCUGUCCGCGUGGAGGUCUCCAUCAAGUGCCGCGGGCUGCCAGACAUGGAUACCUUCAGCAAGUCAGACCCGAUGGCGGUGCUGCUGGAGGCCGACAGCCCCAGCACCAACCGGUGGGCGGAGGUGGAGCGCAGCGACGUGGUGGCCAACAACCUGAAUCCCGACUUCCCCAAGCCGCUGGUGUGCAGCUACAACUUUGAGAAGCUGCAGCCCAUGAAGCUGGUGGUGUACGACGUGGAUGCCGGCACCACAGACCCGGCAGCCGUCAAGCUGGCCGAUUCAGACUUCCUGGCCGAGGGCGAGUUUCUUCUGUCCGACGUGUUCACGGCGCAGGGGCAGACCCUGACGAUCCAGCUGAAGGACAAGCUGGGCCGGCCCAUCCCCCGCUGCGUGGCGGUGCUGUCCGGCGAAGAGCUGCCCAUGACCAAUGCGGUGGUGUCGCUGUCCCUGGCUGCCUCCAACCUGGACAACGUGGAGACAUGGAGCAAGAGCGACCCCUUUGUGCGCAUCUCGAAGAUGCGGGAGAGCGGCGAGUGGGUCAUCCCCAACAACCUGAACCCCGUCUGGCGCCCGUUCCAGGCGUCAAUGGCUCAGCUUUGCAACGGCGAUGCUCACCGUCCCCUGCUGUUCGAGGUGUUUGACGCCGAGGCAAACGGCAGCCACAAGUUCAUCGGGUCUUGGCAGGGCUCGCUGACGGCCCUGCAGGAUGCGUCGCAGCAGGGGCGCGGCCUGCCGCUGGUCAACCCCACGAAGGCCAAGCCGGGAUAUGUGUCGUCUGGCACGCUGUUGGCCAAGGGGGUCACCAUCACCGCCCGCCCCUCGUUCCUGGACUACAUCAAGGGCGGCAUGGCCCUCAACUUCCUCUGCGCCAUCGACUUCACCGCCAGCAACGGCAGCCCCAACGACCCCACCUCGCUGCACUUUCUGGGCCGCGGCAAGAGCGUGUAUGAGAGGGCCAUCGCAGCUGUCGGUUCAGUGAUUGAGCACUACGACACGACAAAGCGGUUCCCUGCCUUUGGAUUUGGCGCCGCGCUGCCGCCGUCUGGCACCGCCAACCACUGCUUCCCGCUCAACGGCGUGCCCAGCAGCCCUGAGACCGUGAAGUCGGUGCGCCUCUCCGGCCCCACCCUGUUUGCGCCCGUCAUCUCUGCGGCAGCGCAGAUUGCGGCGCAGCCAUCCUCCCACCUGCACUACUACGUUCUGCUGAUCAUCACCGACGGGUGCAUCAUGGACAUGCAGAACACGCUGCAGGCGAUUGUGGACGCCUCUGUGCUGCCGCUGUCGCUGCUCAUUGUGGGCGUGGGCGACGACGACUUCUCGGCCAUGGAGGUGCUGGAUGGCGACGACCACCGCAUCCGCGCCCCCAGCGGCCGCCUGGCAGCCCGCGACUGCGUCCAGUUUGUGCCCUUCCGCAAUGGCGUUCAGGUCGGGGGCGGGCGGCACGCCCAGCGUGAUGCGGUGGAGGAGCUUGCGUCGCAGCUCCUUGCAGAGCUCCCCGGCCAAGUGGUCGAACAUUUCUUUGAUCAUCGGAAGAUCCCGCCACCCACGAGGGCCUCGGCGCCGCCGCCUCCGGCCGUGGCAGCUGACGGCUACUGA